AUGUUUCUCCUAGUGUUCGCCGCAUUUCUGAUCGCUGUGUACUUCUACGGCACUAGAAAUUUCAACUAUUGGAAGAAGAAGGGUAUAAAAUAUGAUGAACCAAUCAUAUUCUUCGGCAGUAACCUUACCCAUAUUAUCAAUAAGCACAGCUUGUCCGAGAGAUUUGCGGAGCUACACAACAGGUACCCAGGGGAAAAAUUCGUUGGAUACUUCGAGUCGAACAACCCAGCACUUCUUGUGAGGGACCCUGAACUGGUAAAGACAAUAUUGGUAACAGAUUUCAAGCACUUUCAUCGUCGAGGUGUUAGCCCCCAUAAGGAGGAUAAAGAGCCUCUUCUAAAGAAUUUGUUUACAGUAGACGGUGACGCUUGGAAGCUACUGCGUCAAAGAAUGACUCCUGCUUUCUCGAGCGCGAAAUUGAAAGCCAUGUUUCCUCUUAUCGUAGAACGAACAGAGAGGUUAUUGAAAAUUAUUGAUAAUAUCGCUGACACUGGAGUAGAAGUAGACGUAAGAGACCUGAUGGCAAGAUAUACAACAGAUUUCAUCGGCGCGUGUGGAUUUGGCAUUGAUUCCAAAUCCUUGGAUGACGAAAAUUCAGAUUUUAGAAAGCUAGGAAAACGUAUAUUUCAAUAUACAACCAGAGACAUUCUAGUACACCUGCUAAAAAGAACAUUCCCGAAUUUUGAUAUACUUAAAAACCUGUACUUUUUCGCUCCCGAGAUUGAAAAAAAAACUGUCUCCUUAGUGCAACAAAUUAUGAGGCAAAGGAAUUAUAUGCCAUCGGGUAGAAACGAUUUUAUAGAUAUGAUGUUGGAGCUAAAGCAAAAAGGCAAAAUGGUUGGAGAGUCUGUGGACAAGAGAAAUCCUGAUGGAACACCUAAAAUUGUAGAGUUAGAACUGGAUGACAAGUUAUUAGCUGCUCAAGUGUUUAUAUUCUUUGCUGCUGGAUUUGAAACAUCGUCGUCUUCAAGUAGUUUCCUUCUUCAUCAAUUGGCGUUUCACCCAGAUGAACAAGAAAAAGUACAAAAGGAAAUUGACGAUGUUUUGGCAAAAUAUGAUGGCAAGCUUUCCUACGAUGCUGUGAAGGACAUGAAAUAUUUAGAGAUGGCUUACAAGGAAAGCAAUCGCGUCUUUGCUUCACCGGGAUUUUUAAUGCGCAAAACAUCAACGAAAUACACAUUUCCUGGCACCGACUUAACAGUAGAACCCUACACUGGCAUCGUGAUAUCAACUCAAGCUUUCUACGCUGAUGAGAACUUUUUUGAAGACCCGAAGUCGUAUAAGCCGUUGAGGUUCCAUCCUGACAAUGCUGAUAAGUUGGCUAAGAGUAUUUAUAUGCCAUUUGGAGACGGGCCCAGAUCUUGUAUAGGUGAGCGUCUUGGGAUCAUGCAGUCUUUAGCCGGCGUUGCCGCUCUUCUCAGACAUUUUUCUGUCUCUCCAUCCAAAAGCACUAAGAGAUACCCCUCUAUAGAUCCGACAUCCACUAUCAUACAGAAUGUUCUAGGCGGCCUUCCGCUUGCGUUGACAAGGAGAAAGAAAGUUCAGUAAAUAUUGAAUGAUUUAUACCACGGCUGAGAGCGCUGAAAUGAAUACUUGCUGUAGUAUUAUUAAAUCAAAGAUCCAGUUUUAUUAUAUGAAGUAUUUUAAAUAAAGUCCAAACUCAAAGCGUCCAUUACACAUAUGAUCACCACAGAUAAUGUUGCAAGAACCAUACAGUUGUCUUAGCCACAGAGUAAUAAUGAUAGUUAAUACAGAUCCACAACUACAUUUUACAACAUUUACUAUAUUCUCGCUUAAAGAGUCUUUUAAUGUAUAUAUUAUACGUGUUCUAAUCUAUAUAUAUAAAAGAGAAUGUAUGUUUGUAUGUUCCCUUAAAACCCCUAAACUAUUCGACCGAGCCCAAUGAAAUCUUUUGUAAUAGAUUCAUUGAAGCUCAAGGAUUGUUUACAUAUAUAGUUUGUCGUGUUGCGAUCCCACCCACGCACUCACCCACGCAUUUACAUAUCUCUCGAACCGUUUAU